AUGUUCCCAAUGUACUUUCAUGUGUUCGCUAGACCCUCUAAUGAAUGCAAAGAAAGAUUGACUAAAGAGGCUCCUCGAACUAAAGAAACAUUGACUAAAGAGUCUCCUCCAAGUAAAGAAACAUUGACUAAAGAGGCUCCUCGAAAGAAAGAAACAUUGACUAAAGAGGCUCCUCGAAGUAAUGAAACAUUGAUUAAAGAGGCUCCUCGAACUAAAGAAACAUUGACUAAAGAGGCUCCUCGAAGUAAUGAAACAUUGACUAAAGAGGCUCCUCGAAGUAAUGAAACAUUGACUAAAGAGGCUCCUCGAACUAAAGAAACAUUGACUAAAGAGGCUCCUCGAAGUAAUGAAACAUUGACCAAAGAGGCUCCUCGAAGUAAAGAAACAUUGACUAAAGAGGCUCCUCCAAGUAAAGAAACAAUGACUAAAGAGGCUCCUCCAAGUAAAGAAACAUUGACUAAAGAAGCUCCACGAAGGAAUGAAACAUUGACUAAAGAGGCUCCUCGAACAAAAGAAACAUUGACUAAAGAGGCUCCUCGAACAAAAGAAACAUUGACUAAAGAAGCUCCACGAAGUAAUGAAACAUUGACUAAAGAGGCUCCUCGAACUAAAGAAACAUUGACUAAAGAGGCUCCUUGA